CAGCUGAGCAGUUACUUAAAUUUUCUAUGAAUGUGCGUACACGUUUUUACUUUAAUACGAAAAUUUUUUUUAUAAUUAACAGUAGAACUAUUUUCGAAACAUGGCGAUAAUUUGAAAAGUUUGUGAAUUGAUGAAUAAAAAUUGUAUGUGAAAGUUUAAAAAUUCGGAGUAUUUUAAAAUUGAAUAUAUUUGAAUUGUUGAAUUUAUCUACACAUAUAUACGUGUAUAUGUAUGUUUAGAUAGAGGAAUAAAGUAUAAACGGUGUUUCAAGUUUGAGUUUUACGAGGUAAAUUUUAUUGGAAUUAUUGUUCGAUUUUUGUGAUUAAUGCGUCGCGAUUUACGAUAUAAAUCGAUACGAUGGCAGAGGGACUAUCGCCAUGUUUGAGUGGGAUUCAAAAAGUCGCAGGAAGUAAAUUGAGUGAUAAGUUCAAUACACUGAACCACAUCGCGAAAAAAAUAGUUGACUCAGAAAAUCAAAAUGCAGCGAUGCAAUUGGCCGUUGAUUCGUCGGAAUUACCGGAGGCUUUGAAACCUCUGGUACAAGUGGAGGUCGCGCGAUUAUCAGGACAAUUUGAGGGAAUUUGCGAGGCUUUGAAAUCCGAUGACUCUGUAGUGUUUGAUCGGGCGCUCAGGGCCAAGUGGUUUUUCAAUGGCAGCCAUGAAAAUUGUAGGGUUCAGUACUACCAGGCACAGAUUUUUCCGGUCGUAUCUCUGCAGAAUCGACUGAAAAUUAUCAAAGCGUUGGCUAAUAAUUUAACCGCGAAUCCUGCUAUCGCUGAGGAAUUUUAUACUGCGCUGACUUUGAUGUACGGAGAAAAACAAGCUCACCCACUACUGAUGGCUUGCAGUGAAUCAUUUAUCUGGAAUUGCGUAACAGAGCAUAAACUACGGCUUAACGAUAGAAUGGUACAAAUUUUAUUCAACAAGUAUCCAGAACUUGUAGUUAAAUAUCUGAAACUUAGCUUAAACAGUGCUGACGAAUCGAAGCGUAAUUAUCGGCCCGUUCAUUCACAUUCUUUGAUUGAAUUUCUCCCACGUCUAAUUAAAAAAUAUCCAGAUACUUUUGUGGAACUUCUUGAAAUUCCCAGUCGCCCCUACAUAAUAUAUUUAAGAGUUACUCAAACCGAGUUAUUUUUGAAAAGUUCCAUCGAUGCAUUGAUAAGAAAUCCUAAAGUAUUUAUGCCAAUUUUGUGUCCAAGGAUCGUUGCAAAAAAACUCACUGACAGCCAAUACAAAAAUGUCAUGGCCCAAUUAUUUCAUCCAGAAUUAAAAUACUUCGAUUUCGAUAGACUGUUCACGUUUGAUCUGUAUGAUUUACCAAAAGAAAGAAGAUUACCGAUAAUAACAUCGGCUUUUGAAGAGGUUUACAAAGUAAACUUUCUAGACUGCACUGAAAAAAUUUCACCGACAGCAAUGCGAAUACUUCCGCGGGACGAACGCAUCAAACAAGCGAGAGUAAAACUGCAGAAAGAACCCACUGAUGAAUUUCGCUAUUCCACGCGUUCGUGGGUUUGUUAUUUAUCAUGUGAAGAGUCGAUUCCUCAUCUAAAAGGUCUCGUCAAAAAAACGUCAGAUUGCGAAAAAAGAUGUGAAUUACUCAAGCAAUUAAUUUUUACAUGCAUUGUAAAUUCCGAUGAUGAUGAAUUACUCAAAGUACUGAAAUACAUCACGACGAGGCAUAGAAACGAGCGUAGUAAUAAACUGUCAGCUGUUUUUGAGGUACUAUUGGAUGAAUAUGACUUAAAAAAUCUACCGCUUGAACAUUGGGAGGUACUGUACAGUUUUACGAAAUAUCUGUACGUUAAAAAUGGAAAAGGAUUUUCUGAUUUAAAUGAGUUACUAAAAGCGAGAAUUGUAUUUGAUUUAGAAAAUAACCACUCGAUAACUGAUAAAGUAACUUUCCUUGUUGAGUACAAUCUACUGCACAAAACCGGUUUCGUGUGGACACUUCUGCAAGAUAACUUGUCGAAUCACAGAAAAUAUUUUGAUGAAUUAAUCAGAAUACUCUCAUCAGUAAGUGAUGAUAAAAAACAAUAUUUGACUGCUGAAUUUGUACAUCACAUCAUGCAAUUGAUUUACGAUUUAAACGACCGUAUUCUGAAAGCCAAGUUACCGAUAGAAAAAAUGUCGAUAAAAAAUUAUCCGUGGAUUUUGGACUCUAUUAAAAAAUUUUUGAACGACAAAGACGAAACUGGAUGGGAGGUAAAAUUUAUCAAAAAAAUAUUGAAGGAAAAAGAAAGUGAAAUUUAUGAUUCACUGGUUGCUGAAGAUGAACAGGAAAUAGAUUUGGAGUCACCAAAAAUAUUACAAAUACUCAAAAAUAAUCCGGAAAAAAUAAUGAAAAAAUGGGAGUUAUACCUGGCAAAAUGUAUGGACAAUAUCAGACGUCUGAGGACACAAAGAUUUAUAAAACUGUGUCGCUGGUAUCAGGAUUUGCCAAUAAAGUUUGCUGAUAAAAGUUUAAACGAAGUUACAGAGAAGAAACGAGAUGGAGGAUUGAUUGUUUCGGGGCUACUGUUUGAAGGAUCAGCAUUUGCGCAGGUCGCAGAAGCUUUUGUACCAACGUCAACUACAAUAGAUGCUGAUGAAGAUGAUGCUGCAGCCGGUUAUCAAAUGUCCUCUACUACUCCAUUCGCAUUUAAUGUUGUAAAUCCGCCCGUGUCUUUAGAAUUAAUUCUAAAAUUCUGCGUAGGUGAUUACAUUCAUACGGCAGUAAAAUGUCUUAAUAAUGUGAGCCGACGAACGGCAUUACCUAAAGUUAUUUCGUUUGCGACGACGCUGAUGGACCGACCGGUUUCUAUGAAAAAACACGGUAUUCGGCUCUUUUGUACGGUCGCGGAUGUCAAACAAUUACGCGGAAUCCUGAUGGAUUUGUGGAGAUCAGAAACGCAUCAGACAAUUCGCGCGUUAGUGUUUAAAAAUGUGUUUAAGGUUUUUGAAUCAAUUCCCAAUGACGAGACCUGGGGAAUGAUUUGCGAAUGUAUCGACGGUCUUAAACCAGAUGAUAAAGAUACGUUUGAAUCUCUUAUGAAAUUUGAUUCGAUUCCUAAUGAAUACAUCGCGGUUUAUGUCCACAAAUUAUUUAGCCUCUUUCGUAGUCUCGGUGAUGAGGAAAACGGUUUGCAGCCGGAUGUCGUUUGGUCUCAUAUCGAAAAGCUACUUAAGAUUUGUCACUAUCAAAAACUGUACAGUCUGCAGGCCAUAAUUAUCUAAUUGAUUACAUUAUGACAGCGCGAGAAAAGUCGGAAGACAGAUUGAACCGUUUCAAAAAUGUAUUCGUCAAAAUUGUCAACGAAAGUUGGGAUAUUCCUCAUCCUACUGAACCGUCAUUCUAUCCAGCAAAUUAU